CUUCCGCAAUCGUCUGUUUGCGGCGCUAGUACGUGAAGCCAGGCGCAACCGUCAACAACACGCCAUCGUGGACUUCAGUCCACGUCUUCAGCCAUAUAAACCCCAGCGACCUCGUUUCCUUCUUACUUCGUCACUCGUUCAACCUAUUUUCGCUCCUUAAAUUGCCUUUUAUUCAUUCGCCUUGGACCAGUGCCUGGCAUCUCAGCUGCACUUGCUAUCCUCUCACCGCUACCAACUGCACCUCUUCCUAGGCCGUUCUCCUACAUACCGACGUCGGUGACCACCUAUCUCAGAACCUAGCCAUGAAGUUCUUCGCCAAACUCCUGGCUCUUACGGCAGCUACUGCUGUCGCCGCUCCCACGCACGAGAUCAAGCACCGCGAUCUCGUCGCUGAUGACGCUCCACACCAGGACGACCCAAAUUUCAUUAGUGCCGUUAUGCGAGCUCAUUGGUACUGGCGCAAAUUGCAUUGUGCGCAGGACCUUAUUUGGGACACUGAGCUUGCCGACGCCGCGCGGGCUGACAUUGAAGAGUGUACAAAGGACCCUGAACAUAAACGCUCCGGCAGUAAUCUCUCUUCAGUAAACCCGCCUCCUGACGGUUACGACGCUUGGAUCGAGUUCGCCCGCACUGCCACGCACGGCUGGCACGAAGAGGAGACCAAGUACCCCUACGACAACCCACACUUUGAUGCAGCAUGGGGUCACUUUACGCAGAUGGUGUGGCGCAACAGUACACGUCUUGGCUGUGCUCUCGGACACUGCGACGACGGUGUUAAUUGGCCGGGUCGCUUCUACUGCUACUACUCAUUCUUUGGCAAUAACAUUGCGGCUGGGCAGUUCGAGGCUCAGGUAUGGGCGCCUGUAUGCAGUGACCCCAGUGUUGGCGAAGUCGUGGCGCGCGAGGAUGUCCACUUCAAGUGGGCGAAGGUCUGAAAUGCUCACGCUCCAACGUGACACUGCGCUUCGCGUGCUGCCUGCGUAACGAUGUUCACGACAGCGUCUGAUCUCCUCACAAUGGUGUUUGGCGCUAUACCCUGUCCACGGAUCUCAUUUCGCACAUACAUUGUCUACUUGGAGAUAUGCUGCCGCUUGUCUGGCAUACCUGGUCAUAUCCUUGGUCUUGCCUACACCUUUCGUGUUCUCUUCCCGUUGAUCGAUUCAAGUGGUUGGCUAUGGUGGCAUGUUGAGAUACUGUCGGGCAAUGC